GCAAAAGUCCUUAUAUCCUUCUCAUCGAUUCCCGGAAAUUCGCUCUCUGCAAAUUCUCUUCCUCUCUCAUGGACGAAAAGAAAGCCGCUCCGGAUUCUUGGAUCGCGUCGAAGGAAGAUCAAACCCUAGAUCCCUGCGUCAUCGACGACGACGAUGACAACAUCCCCGAAUGCUUUCGCUGCUGCGUCUGCCUGGAUCUCCUGUACAAGCCAAUUGUGCUUGCAUGUGGCCACAUCUCAUGUUUUUGGUGUGUUCAUAAAGCCAUGAAUAGUUUCCGGCAGUCCCAUUGUCCUAUAUGUAGGCACCCGUAUAAUCAUUUUCCUGGCAUCUGUGAAUUGCUCCACUUCUUGCUCAUGAAAGUUGAACCCGUGGCAUACAAAAGAAUGGAAAUGCAAGUGCUAGAGGAAGAAAAGAAAGCUGACUGCUUCUCUCCCCAGAUUGAUGAUCAGUUAGCCACAAAGAUGGUACAUUCUAGUAAAGAACCAGAUCUCCUUGUCUGUUCUCCAUAUUCUUCCACUGAGUGCCAUUAUCGGGUAGACCCAUAUUCAGAUGCUUGCUCCCCAGAGAAAAGUAACCUUGGUGAUGUUGCGAACCCAUUAGAUUGUGACACUUCCUCUCCUGAUAAUGUGAAAAUUGUUCCUGCUAAAUCUUGUCCUGGGGGUUCCGGAACUAAUAGAAAUCUAGCUUUGGAAGAAAAUAAUUUCCUAGAAAAUGGUACUGCCAGUGGAAUCUGCAAACAAGUUUCUGUCACUGAUGUACUUUGCACUGCGUGCAAGCAGCUGCUGUUUCGACCUGCGGUUCUCAACUGUGGCCAUGUAUAUUGUGAAUCCUGUAUAGCUACUCCGGUGGAUGAAAGUAUCCAAUGUCAAAUUUGUCAAAGUCUGCAUCCUGGAGGGUUGCCAAAAGUAUGUUUGGUGUUUGAUCAGUUUUUGGAAGAAAAUUUCUCCAAAGAGUAUGCACUUAGAAAAGAAGCCCUUCAUCUCAAGAAAACAUGCUGUCAGCAAGAAGGUCCAUCAACUUGUGCCGUGCAAACUGAGAAACAGGCUAUAAAAUCAUGGCUGUCGCCCAUUAAAAAUGACUUCUCAUGGUGGACUGAACAUGCGUCGAAAGUGCAUGUGGGAGUUGGUUGUGAUUCAUGCGGGAUGUGUCCAAUAAUUGGAGAGAGGUACAGAUGCAUAGAUUGUGUGGAGGUGAUUGGCUUCGAUCUGUGCGGAGACUGCUAUAAGACCCCCUCCAAGCUACCGGGUCGAUUCAAUCAGAAGCACACGCCGGACCACAGGUUUGAGCUUGUUCAAUCAAACAUGUUGCGUAAUUUAGUGAUGAGGCUUGUGGUUGAACAGUCUGAAGAUGGUUCUGAUGCUACCAUUCUCUCUGAUGAUGUUCUUGACCCACAAAACACGGAUUCUGCCACCUGAAAUCGCAAGCAAGCCCAGAGAAGUGCAUUUAAUGUAAUCUCAAAUAUACUUUAUUUGACCCAAGGUAUAAGUCAUACAAAAACGUGCUCCUAGAAUCCACACCUAGUUCUGUACUACCGUGGAGAUGCAAGGGAUGGAAUCCAUUAGUUUUGGUCCAUGGCCCAUCCACGGGCAGUCUCAAACAGUUCAGAUUCUCCAACUACGGCACAUACCGUGAUAAAGUUACUAAUAACUGAACUGGAAAAAGUGCAAAUAUUUUAGGAAUUGUGUAAGAAUUCUACUGCCAGUGAUGCGUGGUUCAGAAAUUUGGACCAUUGUUAUGUUGAA